AUGGCUGCCAUAGUUACCUCAUGUUCAACUGGUCCAAUGGUGCCUAGGAUACAGCUAGGGCCCGAUGGUUUGGAGGUUUCCAAAAUCGGGCUGGGCUGCGUGGGGAUGUCAGCAACCUACGGCCCGCCCAAGCCCGAACCUGAUAUGAUCAAGCUCGUCCACCAUGCUGUCGACUCGGGUGUUACGUUUUUCGACACCUCCGAUUUUUACGGGCCCCACACCAACGAGAUCCUCCUUGGUAAAGCUUUAAGAGGAGGCAUGAGGAAAAAAGUGCAGUUAGCUACAAAGUUCGGUGUGCGCAUGAAGGGCGAUAAACUAGAUGUUCGUGGGGACCCGAGUUAUGUUAGGGAAGCAUGCGAAGCAAGUUUGAAACGUCUCAAAACGGAUUACAUUGAUCUCUAUUAUGUUCACCGUAUCGAUACUCAUGUUCCGAUUGAAGUCACGAUGGGAGAGCUGAAGAGACUUGUUGAAGAAGGAAAAAUAAAACACGUGGGCCUAUCUGAGGCGUCGGCUUCAACGAUCAAAAGGGCUCAUGCAGUUCAUCCGUUAACGGCCGUCGAGACCGAGUGGUCCUUAUGGACAAGAGAUUUGGAAGAUGAAAUCGUUCCUACUUGCAGAGAGCUUGGCAUUGGGAUUGUAUCAUACAGUCCUCUUGGCCGGGGCUUCCUCGCGGCUGGCCCCACCUUCAUUCGGAAUUUGUCCGAGACUGAUUUUCGAAAGAGGUUUCCGAGGUUCAAGCCGGAAAAUCUUGAAAAGAACGAGAAAAUCUACGAACUCAUAUGUGAAAUGGGUCGAGUAAAGGGAUGCACGCCCGCACAGCUGGCGUUAGCUUGGGUUCUCGGGCAAGGAAACGACGUGUGUCCUAUACCGGGUACAACCAAGAUAGAGAACCUGAACCAGAAUAUUCGAGCACUGUGUGUGGAGCUGAGCCCACAAGAGAAAACCGAACUGGAAUCCUAUGCUUCGCCCGACUCUGUUAAGGGCGAGAGGCACGCGUUCAUGUCCCACACUUGGUUGAAUUCAGACACACCACCAUUCUCCAGCUGA